GGCCUCGGGCGCCUUGGACGGCCGCUUCUUGCCCUGCAGCUUCUUCCACCACGGCUCGGGCGCGUGCUCCGGCUCCGCGUCGUUGGCCUCCAUUCCCUCGUCCUCGUAGGCGAGGUGGGGCUUGCGCUCCGGCUUUACGGCCUCGGGCUUGACCGCGACCGGCGGCGGCAUCGCGGCGUCGGCGUCGUCCGCGCCGACGUCGACGACGUCGCCGCGCGCCUCCGCGAGGCGCUCGCGCUCCCGGAGGAGCUCCUCGGCGGACUUCUGCGGGCCGAUCUCGAGGUCGUCGUCGCUGGAGUCGUCCAUUGGUGGUGCUUGCGUCCGCGCGGUGGCUGCGCGGCUGGAUGCUUCAGGUGGCGUUUGGCGCGUACGUGGGGCGCGCAGGCGUACCGUUUUUUACCAGUGGCGCGGUGACAGCACGAACGCAGCGCGGAGCUAACGCUGCGGCGAACGCGCUUGGUUUUUCAACCAGUAUCAGGGCAAACUACCUCGGGCAAAACUAUC